CUCGCUCCAGGUGCUCCGCGAUGGCUGCUGGUGCUGGGGGCGACGCUGGCAGGGCGACGACGCGGCCGCCACCGGGGCUGAGCCGCAAGCAGGGACCGGAGCUGGGGGUGCCGGUGGCCCGUGGCAGAGAUGGACGCUCCGGAGAGCAACGCGGCGAAGUGCAAGGCGGACGGGCCGGCGGCCCCAGCCUCUCCCUCCCAACCCUACAUACUUCUUCAUAUGCCCAUAUGGAGCCGGCCGGCGUUAUGGAAUGUUAAGAAGCACUGGAGCUCGGACGGGCCGCAGCGCCGCUCCUGCUCCCUCGACGACAGCCGGUGCUGCCGCAAUGAUCGUUCCAGUUCCCGUCUGCGCUGCCGUCGGCGCCGCUGCAGGACUCGCAGGCGUUGUGUUCGGGAUCCCGGCGGCCCUGGCAGCGGUGGGCUUCACCAAAGCAGGAAUUGCGGCCGGCUCCAUGGCUGCUGCCAUGAUGUCCUCGGCCGCCGUGGCCAACGGCGGCGGGGUGGCCGCCGGGAGCAUGGUGGCCUUGCUGCAGUCCCUGGGAGCUGCAGGACUCUCCCUAGGUGCCAAGAUCGGCCUGUGCUUGACCCUGGGGCCCCUUGGUGCAGCAGCUGGUGCCCUGUGGGGUAAGAGGAGGACAGGUUCAAGCACCGAGAACACUUCCGAACUCAAAGUCGAGUAACACCCAGACGAAAUGGUUCAGCCCAAGGAUUUGGAAAGGCAGUGUGACAGUUGCUGCAAACCCUCCACUUGCUUUGCUGGCUUCUUAAAAGCUGUCCAUCCACCUGUGCAGAGAGGACUUGGAGAGCAAUAAACCUCACUCCUACGUGUGCA